GCUCGUGGUGGCGCACGCAGACCGGGUCUGAGACGAGACAUAAGUCAUCUUGUUGUAGUGAUUGAGGAGAUGCCAGUUUGGGGGUUUUAAAGGGUUUUUUUAGAGGGUGUUUAGACAUGAAACUCCCAGCUCCAAACUUUGAGGUGGCACGCGUCGCUAACGUGGUGAGAUUUUAUUUUAUUGGUUGACUAAAAAAAAAGUUAUAAAAGCGAAGCGACUGGAUUAACUGCAGCCGUUUACACUCGUCGGAGGAAAAGUGUUGCGUGUUUGUCUGAAAAUAACGGCGUUUUAAAGGCCCGGGCCACUCGGGGUACCACGACGACGACGACCCCCAGCCCCCCGGGAGGAGUGAGGUCCCUGGGAUGAGAGCCGCGCGUCUCCCCCUUAUCUUCCCCAGACCUCCAGGAGAGUUUCUGGGUUGUGUGACGCCAUCGAGCCGCCGCCAUGGCUCUGGUCCAGGCCCGGCCCGUGUCCGUGAGUGACCACCCCGCGUCCAGCGGUCUCGACAGCAGUCUCCAGCAGCUGUGCCGGCCCCUGCCGUCGCAGCCCUCCACCGGCCCCUGCUCCGCGCCCCCCCUGCCCUGCGGGGACCCCUCCUCCGUCGCGGGCGCCAUGGGCUCCGUCAGCAGCCUGAUCUCCGGCCGCUCCUACCAGGAGAGGCACUGCCGGGCGGCCAACGAGUACGCCGCCAAGACCCGGCGCUCCACCCCGGCCACCAGCUGCUUCCGGGUGCAGGACAACGGCACCCUGCGCAGCGGCAGCUCCCUGGAGCAGCUGCUGGUCAUCAGCAACAAGCAGAACCACCACCAGUACCAGAACCACAACCACAACCACAACCACCACCAGCCCCAGCUCCAACCCCAGAUCAAGGCCUCCGUGCUGCCGCCGCCGCUGCCCACCAAGAAGCACCCGCGGCUGGGUAGCGCCGGGGGCGGGACGGCGGUGGGCGUGGCGGCGGCUAACAGCAGCAAUAACGGUGGUGGUAGCGGCGGUGGCGGCGGUGCUAACGGGAACUAUAAAGACGGUUUAGAGGAGGUUGUGGUGGGGGACUGGAACCACAACCUGGUGCUGGCCCCGCUGAGCCCCUGCAGUGACUCUGAGGAGACGAGGGACAACAGGGCCCUGAAUGGAAACAUAGGGGGCCCUCCGCCCAAACUCAUCCCAGUGUCGGGGCAGCUGGAGAAGAACAUGGAGAAGGUGCUUAUCCGCCCGACGGCGUUCAAACCUGUUAUCCCCAAGAACCGCCACUCGGUGCAGUACCUCUCCCCGCGGCCAGGGGGCGCCAGCCUGUCCGAGAGCCAGGGGAGCCUCAACCUCCUGCUGCCUCUCGGCGGAUCCAACGUCAUCAACGCCAACGCCAACGCCAACGGCGGCAGUGCCGCGUCCGUGACCUCGGAGGAGAAGCGAGACUCGUACGGCGGCGGCGGCGGCGGGAAUGGCGGCGGCGGCGGCGGGCGCAACGCACGCAGCAGCCAGUCCUGCUCCAUGUCGGACUCGGGCCGCAACUCCCUGUCCAGCCUCCCCACCCACAGCAGCACGGGCUGCAGCCUGGCCCCCAGCGAGGGCUCUAGCAGCGGGUCGGCCACGGGGGGGCUGGGGGGCGGUCAGCUGGAGGCGGUGCCCAGCCUGGGCCGGACGGCCGCCACCGCCACAGCCUGCGGCAGUACCGGCGCCGCCGGCACCAACGCCAUUGGGGGCGGGAACAGCCACGGCCACAGCAACUCGGACAGCGGGCGGUCCUCGUCCGGCAAGAGCUCGGGCUCGGGGUCGCUGAGCGGGCGCGGCCAGCCCCUCUCGGACAGCGGGUCGUGCAGCCACUCGCCACCCCUGGUGGAGGGCUACGAGGGCGUGGUGCGCGAGCUGGAGGACAAGCUGAGGGAGAGGGACCUGGAGCUGCUGCAGCUCCGCGAGAACCUGGACGAGAACGAGGCGGCCAUAUGCCAGGUGUACGAGGAGAAGCAGCGGCGUUGUGAGCGGGACAUGGAGGAGCUGAGGCUGAGCUGCUCAGCCAAGAUGAAGCAGGCCUCCCAGAAGGCCCAGAGAGCCCAGCAGGUGCUGCAGCUGCAGGUGUUCCAGCUGCAGCAGGAGAAGAAGAAGCUGCAGGAGGACUUCUCGGCUCUGCUGCAGGACAGAGAGAGCCUGGAGAGGAGGUGUGCCAGCAUCCAGAGGGAGCAGACCCAGCUGGGCCCGCGCCUUGAGGAGACCAAGUGGGAGGUGUGUCAGAAGUCGGGGGAGAUCAGCCUGCUGAAGCAGCAGCUGAAGGAGCUCCAGUCGGAGCUGAGCCAGAAGGCGGGGGACAUCGUGGUGCUGAAGGCCCAGCUCCGCGAGGCCCGCUCGGAGCAGCAGUCCAGCCAGAUGCGCUCCCAGGAGGCCCAGGCCGCCGUGCGCACGCGCAACCUGGAGCUGGAGGUCUGCGAGAACGAGCUGCAGCGGCGCAAGAGCGAGGCCGAGCUGCUCCGCGAGAAGAUGGGCCGCCUGGAGGACGAGAUGGCCCGCCUCUGCGACGCCCUGACCAAUCACAGCGGACCCCAAGGCAUGAAGGGCCAAUCGGGCGGGAGCAUGUCCCUGCAGCAGUACGGCGGUGGCGGCGGCGGUGGCGGCGGCAGCAGGGGCGGCCCGGGGCGGGGGGGGCCCAGCCCCUCGAUGUACCGCGAGGUGGACGACAGCCGCCUGGCGUGGGGCGGGGAGAGCGACGAGUCCAAGGCUCACAGGCAGAACGCCGAGACGGUGCUCGGGCUGAGGCAACAGGUGGAGAGGCUGAAGGGGGAGCUGCUGUAUGAGAGGAGGACCGGGGAGGAGCAGCUGUCGGGCUUUGAGGAUGAGAGGAGGGUGUGGCAGGAGGAGAAGGAGAAGGUGAUCCGCUACCAGAAGCAGCUGCAGCAGAACUACAUCCAGAUGUACCGGAGGAACCGGGACCUGGAGCGGGCCAUGAGGGAGCUGAGCCUGGAGCUGGAGGGCCGUGGCGCCGGCCGCUACGAGCACCACAACGGCAGCAGCGACAUCCACUUCGAGGAGAUCACCGCCACCGAGAUAUAAACCCACCCCCCUCCCCCCCUCCCAGUAAGACCCUCCUACUCGGGAUGCCAAGCAGUCCACAGCACCAGCACUCCUAUAAUCAAGGACCUCCAAUGUGAACCGAGGAUAGGACCCAAUCACAGAUGUUUCCACCUCGACCCCCACCACCAACGAACCCACCGCCAUAGAAGUGACACCCGUUCAGGCUGAAAGGGUGUCACUUCCUUGGGGCAUCCGUUCAGGCUGGGUCCUUGCUCCCUCUUCCCCACUGGAACCAGAACUCACUGGCUGGAGGCAGCAUCCGAUGGGGACCGAGAGAGUUCCACCUCCACUAACUUUGGAUUACCAGAUACUACGAUGAAAACGUUUUUGUCCCCUCCAGAGCUCACGAUAUGGGUCCUGGGUCCUUUAAACCCGAUACCAGCAGCACAGGAUCUCUUCACCAAGCCAAGAGAAUAGCAUGAUAUUUUUGUUGUUUUUGGAACAUAAUACAAAUCAGGGUAUUUAAAACAGCAGUAGCAAAAAAACUAAAAAGAAAGUGACCAUAGACUUGCACACAAAUGAUCAGGACUUCUCGAGGUAGCACACAAGGCUAAUAAACAGUUAGCCUCUAGCACAUGCUUGGCUAGCUGGUAGCAUCACGCGGACAGCCAUGACCAUGUGGUCAACAUUAGCAUCGUUGUCCCUGUCGUGGUUCGUCGACAAGACGGCUGUAGGCUACACCACUAGACUUAUAAAAGGGAAAACCAACACCAAAUAUGCAAUAUCUUGUUAUAUAUUCAUACUAUUUUCAGUUCACCUGUUUGUGUCAAGCCUCAAGGCCCAGUGGAAACCUUUAAAUAUAAAUCAAGGAAACAGUUCAAAGGACUGGUUCUUGAAGAAGUCUCGUCGCUGCAGUGAGUGUUUCCAAUGGAAUGUAUUUGGGACUUCAGUCACUCCAGAGAAAUGCAGUUAAACAAGUGGUCACCACCGACAACAGAAAAACAGAAUUCAGUUGUUUUGCACAAAUGUCAUUUUUUCGGCUUACUUACGUGACUUCCUUCCUUUUUUUUAUGGCUAAAAGAGACGUCUAGAAGCCUGCCGUGACCACAUUUGACUUUGGCCCUGGGUUUUGCUUACACUCAGACCUUCUGUUCUGUCAUUUGUUGAACCGCCGUGAAGACAGAAACCAAAUGUUCACACUACGUCCGACCCGAUCCAGACCACCAACAGUUAACCACUAUCGCACUCGGCCCGCAUGUCAAAAACUCAUACUGCAAAGUGGUCGCUUUUUUUGUAUAAACAUUUACAUUUUUCAAAUAUGUGUGUGGGGGGGCUGGGGG